AUCAUGUCAAUAUCAAUUUGAAAGAUUGUUGAUGUUAAAAUUUUUAAGGUUAAGUGUGAAUUGAACGUUUAUAAACGAAAAACGUGAGUUAAUUUCCAAGAAAAUGGUUAGACGUAGUAGAGAUCGAAGUAGGACACCAGAAAGAAAACGUAGACGAUCUCGUUCAAAAAGCAAAGAGAGAUCAAAAUCUUCCAGAUACAGAAGAAGUAGAUCAAGGGAAUCUAAAGAUUCCAGACGACGAAGUAGAUCACGUUCUAAAGAACGUAGAGAUAGAAAUAGGGAACGAAGGUCGUAUAGUAGGGAAAGAGAUCGUGACAGAGAUCAUAGAGACAAAGACCGUAGAAACGAAAAUAGCAAAUCAUCCCGUAGAAGAACUAGAUCCAGAUCGAAAGAAAAAACUAAAAUAGACGAUAGUGGGUUGUCGUUCGAUCCGGCUAAUCUCGAUAAAGAGGAAGAACAGAAAAAACUCGAAAUGGAAAUGAUGAAAAGAAGGGAGAGGAUCGAGAGAUGGAGAGCCGAGAGAAAAAAGAAAGAACAAGAGGCUUUGAAGAAAGACGUGAGUAAAGUCAAAACUGAGCCUGCUACUGAACUUACCGCAAAGAAAUGGUCGCUUGAAGAUGAUUCUGAAGAUGAAGAUAAGAACGAAAAGCUCGACGUUAAAGAGGAACGAAAAGACGUUUCGGAAGAAGCCAAACAAAUCGCCAUCGCUUUAGCGGAAACUUUAAAAGAAAAAUCCCCCAUAAAAACCGAAACCAAAGAAGAAGUAGAAGAAGAAGAAAAGGAAAAAGAAGAAAAAGAAGAAAAAGAAGAAGAAGAGGAAGACGUAGAUCCGCUAGACGAAUAUAUGAAAGGCGUCCAAGCGGAAGUUAGAAAAAUCAACAAAUUCGAAGUGACGAAAAAACCCGGCGACGCCGUACAAAAAAAAGGUUCGCUGGUAAUAGUAACCGGCGUUGCGAAAUCGAAGAGCAACGUGAAAAAAGGCGAAUUGAUCGAACAGAAUCAAGACGGUUUGGAAUAUUCCUCGGAAGAAGAACAAGAAGAUUUAAAAGACACCGCCGCCAAUAUAGCCAACAAACAAAAAAAGGAAUUGGCCCGCAUAGAUCACAACAACAUCGUUUACAUACCGUUCAGGAAGAAUUUCUACGUCGAAGUACCGGAAAUAGCGAAAAUGAAAAACGACGAAGUCGACGCCUACAAAGAAGAAUUAGAAGGCAUCCGAGUCAAAGGCAAAGGCUGCCCGAAACCGAUAAAAACAUGGGCGCAAUGCGGCGUUUCCACCAAAGAAUUAAACAUAUUGAAAAAAUUAAAUUUCGACAAACCGACUCCGAUACAAGCCCAAGCCGUGCCGGCCAUAAUGUCCGGCAGAGAUUUGAUCGGUAUCGCGAAAACCGGCAGCGGCAAAACUUUGGCCUUCCUCCUACCGAUGUUCCGACACAUAUUGGACCAACCGCCGUUAGAAGACACCGACGGCCCGAUCGCCAUCAUAAUGACGCCCACUCGCGAAUUGUGCAUGCAAAUCGGCAAAGACAUAAAAAAAUUCACGAAAAGUUUAAAUUUGCACGCGGCGUGCGUCUACGGCGGCACCGGCAUAUCCGAGCAAAUAGCCGAAUUGAAACGCGGCGCCGAAAUAAUAGUCUGCACCCCCGGUAGAAUGAUCGACAUGCUCGCCGCGAACAGCGGCAAAGUCACCAAUCUACGGCGAGUCACUUAUAUAGUUCUCGACGAGGCCGAUAGGAUGUUCGAUAUGGGAUUCGAACCGCAAGUUAUGCGUAUCAUCGACAACGUCCGACCCGAUCGACAAACCGUCAUGUUCAGCGCCACCUUUCCCCGGCAAAUGGAAGCUCUCGCCAGGAGGAUACUGCAGAAACCGAUCGAGGUUCAAGUCGGCGGUAGAUCGGUCGUGUGCAAGGACGUCGAACAGCACGUCGUCAUAUUGGAGGAGGAUCAGAAAUUUUUGAAAUUGUUGGAAUUGCUGGGUCUGUAUCAGGAAUCGGGCAGCAUAAUAGUUUUCGUGGAUAAACAGGAAAACGCCGAUAUAUUAUUGAAGGAAUUGAUGAGGGCCGCCUACAAUUGCAUGAGUUUGCACGGCGGCAUCGAUCAAUUCGAUCGCGAUUCGACCAUAGUCGAUUUCAAAAACGGCAAAGUUAAAUUAUUGAUAGCUACGUCGGUGGCGGCGCGCGGUUUGGACGUCAAACAAUUGAUAUUGGUCGUCAAUUACGAUUGCCCGAACCAUUACGAGGAUUACGUGCACAGGUGCGGUAGAACGGGCCGAGCGGGCAAUAAAGGAUUCGCUUAUACGUUCAUAACGCCCGAUCAAGGUAAAUACGCCGGCGAUUUGAUCAAAGCUUACGAAUUAGCGGCGGUGCAAGUACCGGAACCGUUGAGGAAUCUGUGGGAGAAUUACAAGAAUAAACAAGAAGCCGAAGGGAAGAAAGUACAUACCGGAGGCGGUUUUAGCGGUAAAGGUUUCAAAUUCGACGAAUCCGAAGCGGCGGCCGUUAACGAAAAAAAGAAAUUCCAAAAAGCCGCUUUGGGAUUGGCGGACAGCGACGACGAGGAUUUGGAACAGGACAUCGAUCAACAGAUCGAAAGUAUGUUCGCUACGAAAAGGACGGUCAAGGAGAUCAAAGCCCCUUUGGGUAUCAUAAAUCAGGCGGCGUUGAACGCCACUUUAACGACGGCGGUGGAUAAAUUGGAAUUGGCCAAAAAGUUGGCGUCCAAAAUAAAUUUAUCGAAGAACGCGAGUUUGGAUACGAAAUUCGCGACGCGGCAAGCCGCCGAAUCGAUAUUGAAAGGCAGCGGUCCCCAACCGGCGAUAACCGCCAAAACCGUAGCUGAACAAUUGGCGGCCAAAUUGAAUACGAAAUUAAAUUAUCAACCGAAAGACGACGACGACGACGACAGAAAUACCGACGACGAACAAACUUUCCGGAAAUACGAAGAAGAAUUGGAAAUAAACGAUUUCCCGCAACAGGCCAGAUGGAGGGUGACUUCCAAGGAGGCGUUGGCGCAAAUUUCCGAAUAUUCCGAGGCGGGCAUCACCGUCAGGGGUACGUACGUACCGACGGGGAAGAGUCCGCCGGAAGGGGAAAGGAAAUUGUAUUUGGCCAUCGAGAGUACGUCGGAUAUGGCGGUAUCGAAGGCUAAAGCGGAAAUAACGAGGCUGAUUAAAGAGGAAUUGCUUAAAUUACAAACCGCCGGUCAUCAUACUUUCAAUAAAGCGCGUUAUAAGGUUGUCUAAGUCUUUUUUUUUUUUUUUUCGGGACAAUCUUUAUACAUACGUGUCCGGUAUAGUGUUUCGAGGGGGUUGUUUUGUUUUUUCUUUCGCGAUUAUUACCCCGUAGUAGAUGUACGUGUCAUUCGGACGAAAAAAUAUCGAAAUCCGUAUGAAAUUCGUCGGUUACGUUCCGUAUGUACCGGGUGUGGAUGAAAUAUAUUCGUUUCGAAAACCGUUUUCUAUUUUAUUUUAGCGAAAUCACCCUGUAUUAAUACGUGUUUUCCAUAAUUGAUUCAAAAUAUGUCGAAAUCUGCCUAAAAUAUGUCAUUUACAUUCAGAAAAUGUCGAAAUUUAUCUAAAAUUCAAAAAUGCUUUCAUAUCUACGAGGUGUAUAUGAAAUAUAAUUAUUUCGAGAGUAUUUUCUAUCUUAUUUUAACGAAAUCACCCUGUAUGAGUACGUGUUUUCCGUCAUUUAUUAAAAAAAAUUUCGAAAUCUGCCUAAACUGUGUAAUUUGCAAACUAAAAAUGUCGAAAUUUAUCUAAAAUCCAAAAUUGCAUUCGUAUCUACGAGGUGUAUAUGAAAUAUACUUAUUUAGAGAAUAUUUUCUAUCUUAUUUUAACGAAAUCACCCUGUAUGAGUACGUGUUUUCCGUCAUUUAUUAAAAAAAAUUUCGAAAUCUGCCUAAACUGUGUAAUUUGCAAACUAAAAAUGUCGAAAUUUAUCUAAAAUCCAAAAUUGCAUUCAUAUCUACAGGGUGUGAGUGAAAUAUAUGAAAUAUACUUUUUUUCGAAACCAUUUUAAAUCUUAUUUUGGUGAAAUCACCCUGUAUGAAUACGUGUUUUCCAUCAUUUCAUCACAAAAUUUCAAAAUCUAUCUAAAUUCCAUAAUAUCCAUUCAUAUCUACAGGGUGUGAGUAAAAUAUAUGAAUUAUACUUUUUUCGAAACCAUUUUCUAUCUUAUUGUAGUGAAAUCACCCUGUAUAGGUACGUGUUUUCCAUCUUUGAUUCAAAAAAUAUCGAAAUUUAUCUAAAAUUCAAAAUUGCAUUCAUAUCUACGAGGUGUAUACGAAAUAUACUUAUUUAGAGAAUAUUUUCUAUCUUAUUUUAGCGAAAUCACCCUGUAUAGGUACGUGUUUUCCAUAAUUGAUUCAAAAAAUGUCGAAAUCUGCCUAAAAUGUGUAAUUUGCAAACGAAAAAUAUCGAAAUAUAUCUAAAAUCCAAAAUUGCAUUCAUAUCUACGGGGUGUGAGUGAAAUAUAUGAAAUAUACUUUUUUCAAAACCAUUUUUUAACUUAUUGUAGUGAAAUCACCCUGUAUAGGUACGUGUUUUCCAUCAUUGAUUCAAAAAAUAUCGAAAUCUACUCAAAAAUUUGUAAUUUACACUCAUAUCUACGGGGUGUGAUUAAAAAAUAUGAAAUAUACUUGUUUCGAGAGUAUUUCUAUUUUAUUUUAGUGAAAUCACCCUGUAUGGAUACGUGUUUUCCAUCAUUGAUUAAAAAUAUAUCGAAAUCAUUUUAAAAUGUAUGAUUUACAUUCAUAUCUACGGGGUGUAUAUGAAAUAUACUUGCUUCGAGAUUAUUUUCUAUUUUAUUUUAGUGAAAUCACCCUGUAUGGAUACGUGUUUUCCAUCAUUUAUUAAAAAAAUGUCGAAAUCUGCCUAAAAUAAGUAAUUUACAUUCAAAAAAAUUCGAAAUAUAUCUAAAACCAAAAUUGCAUUCAUAUCUACGGGGUGUAUAUGAAAUAUAAUUAUUUCGAGAGUAUUUUCUACCUUAUUUUAGUAAAAUCACCCUGUAUAAAUACAUGCUUUGUAAUAUUUCUUCAAAAAAUGUCGAAAUAUAUCUUAAAUCAUUAAUUUGCAAUCAUUUCUACGGGGUGUUAGUGAAAUAUAUGAAAUAUACUUUUUUCGAAAGUAUUUUACAUCUUACUUUAAUAAACUCACCCUGUAAAUAAUAAAAAAAAAUACCAAAUUUUACUUUCCACAUUAUUUCACAACUUCUGGUAAUUUUAUGAUUCUUUUUUGGUAGUGUGGUUAUUGAAAAUCAACAUUUUCAAGUAUCACUCUGUAUAUUUGGAAUAAGUUUGUCAGGUAUUUAAUUUAUUGUCAAAAUCAUUCGUACAGAUACAAAAUUUGAUCGAAUAUUAUCGAUAUCUAUACUGCGUGUAUAAAUUUCCGAGUAUUUCAUGUAUUAUUUACCUAAAAUCACCCAGUAUAUACGUUGAAAAAAAUAUUAAAUCGUGUUUUAUACACAAUUUCAUCACGACAGAUGAUUUUAAGAAUAUAUUCGACGGUGUAAUGUACAAAAUUAACAAUGGCGUUUAAAAAAUUAAUAUUUUCAGAAUCACCCUGUAUAUUUGAAUGAAAAUUCGAUACAAUUUUCCAUCACGUGUUCAAAAAAUAACUUUUUUAAGUGCACUCAAUAUAUACAGGGCUUUUAUACGAUAUAGUUUAAUUAUGUGUACAGGGUAUAGUUAAAAGUAUCUAUCGCACUUUUCUUAUAAUACUAAUAUCACCCUGUACGUUAUAGAGAUUGAAAAAAUGCUUUUUGUUGUCAAUUGACUGUAUUUUUAUAAUUGUUCUUCUAUUCUUUUCCUAUAUAAAUUGUACCAAUAAAAAUAAAAGGACUUGAAAUAUAUUUUUAUUUCAAAAUUUUUCAUAACUUGUACUUUAAACAUAUUUAUUAAAUUGUAAAUAUGUUGUAUCUAACAAAAUAAGACAUAAUUUAUUUUAUUAUCAUUAUUCAUAUACGAACUAAAUAAAUUAGUUUUUUAUAAAUACGUAAAUGGUGAAUAGAAAAUAUAAUUUAGAGA